AUUAUCAUUUCUGUCAGUCAGUCAUUUUUCGAUGCUGGUGAAAAAAAUCGAAGCCAUGGUUCUCCAGUAGUGAAAAUUGCCGAUUUUUCACAAUUAUAAUUAGUUAUUCAAUAGUGAAAUAUUCGUGGAAUUGUUCGAUUGUUGUAUAUGCUAACCAGUGAGCGCGAUGUACGGACGCGGAAAUAGUGGUGGCGGUGGUGGGAGGGGCCAAAACGGAUCCAAAAAUUAUUCGGCUGCCGGUGGCGGAGGCUCAUCUGCAAUGGCUCCGGUGAAGAAUUAUCAAACAGUGCCAUCCGAAGGCGGUUCCGGUGGUGGCGCAAUGUUGGAAGGCGAGUGGAGCUCGCUAAAUCCUAGUUUGUAUCAGAACAUGUCGAAUGAGCAAGUGGACUGGGCUGCGCUUGCCCAACAGUGGAUUCAAAUGAAGGAAACACUUCCGGCAGAUAUUGUUCCGGCUGCUCCUCCGCCUCCGAUCAUAUCGGAUAGCUACGGGUCGAAUAGUAGAGACUCCCUGCCGGAGGGUGGCCACAUGGGAUCGGCGGAGGAACAAGGGGAAGCUCCGAUGGAAGUGGAACGCGACGAGGAACACUUGGCUCACCAGCAGCAAUCCGGUAAUCCGUGGGAUAAUGGGUCCCUAUCGUGGCAAUAUCCCGCCCAAUCCGAGUGGCAGAAUCCGGCCUGGGACUCCAAUUGGUCCGGAAGCGCUUCCAACACGGCCAAAGCCUUCGAUUCGAUGUCGGUGGCCGUCAAUCCGAAUGCUUCCCUGGCUGUGGCCAACUGGCAGGCCAAAAUGGCACGAAUCUACAAAUUUGGGGAUUCAGGCAGCUCAAACGCCAUUGCUGGUACUGUGCAACCUACCGGCGGCCAAUCGAGCCAUCAACAGGAAGCACUGCCAUCCCAAAAACGAAUCCCAGGUCUGAUGGACCAAGUCAUUAAACUGGACCACCAUCAAGAAUCUGGAGGCGAUCCGGAAGAUGACACCACCCAAACCAUUAACGAUGCCAAGCGGAAGCUGCUUCCGGCUUGGAUUCGCGAGGGGCUGGAGAAGAUGGAACGGGAAAAGCUGCGGCAAGCAGAGAAGGAAAAGGAACAGCAGCAGCGAGCGGAAAUGCUGCAGCAAAGGCGGCAGGCGGAACUGGAAGCGCUGAACGAGUUGGAGGACGCCAAGAGGAAGAGCAAGUUUGAAUCGGAUUCUGAAGAAGACGAGGUAAGAAACGACGAUCAACACGAUGAAGAUCAACGCGGGGAGGACAGUCCAGUGUUGACACGUUCGCGGGAUGAAAUUCUGCAAGAACUGAUGAUCGCUGUUCGGAAGAACCUAACGGAAAUCUUACUGGAGGUGACAAACGAAGAAAUUGCCCUCGUGGCAAAAGAAACCUUAGCUAAGACCCGGAGAAAAGCACCAACAGCUCAAGCGCUGCGAAAGACCGGUCUUGCAACUCUCACAGGUGGACUUGGUCUAGGCAUCUAUGGCGAUAGCGAUGAUGAGGACGAUAGCGGUUCUGAUAACGAUGGGGACAACAACGGGAACAGCGAGGAUGAAGAGGAAGUCGAAAAAGCGUUAAAGGUAUCCAUCAAGCAGCGGCAGAAGGAAUUCGAAUGGACAGCACGUGAAAUUGAAGAAGAAAUUGCCAAGGAGGAGGCAGCCGAGGAGCGCAAGAAGAGGGAAUAUGAUCAACUGAUGCGCCAGAAGAAUCAGCAGAACAACGCCAGCGAUGAAGAGGACUACGCCAGUGGCAGUAGCCGAGCUGGAUUGGGCCAUCCCCAGGCGCCAAUGGCAGGAACUAGCGGUGGUAGUAAAUUUGGACCAAGAGACGGUGAGACCCAGCCUGUUAAUGAUAAACUAUAUGCCUACAAGCUCGGGCGAACACGUGACAAGCGGGUUUCCAGGUUUAGUGAUCCCAAGGAUACGGUUCGUCAGACUCAUAUAACUCACGUGGCGAUCGUUAACCACAAACCAGGUGAAGUUGUUCUGGCCGCUCCGAAGGUAAACCAAGCAGUGGUUGGUCCGAGUAGCAGUGUAGUUUCACCGCCAAUAGUUGACUCGAUGUCAACACCACUUUUUCCUGCUGCUAUUGCAGCGGCAAGACAUUUGGAAGAUAUUCGACGGGGUAGUAGUGUUGCUUCGGAAACACCUUCUAAUGCCUCCAGCAGUCGGGCAUCGUCUUCGCGUCGUGAAACCGAAAGUCGUAAAUCGUCACAAAAGUCCCAUAAAAGUAAAAAACAUAAACGUUCUCGGCAUAGUCACAGCGAUGACGAAGAGGAUGAUUAUUACGAUAACGAUGACGAUCGUUAUUCGCAGCACUCUCGUAGAUCGCGCAGUUCCGAACGAAGCAGCUAUUCGCGACGGAGAAGAUCUUAUUCGAGAGACUCCCGAGACGACGAUCGAGAUCGCAAGUAUUCGUACAAAUCACGAGACCGUUCUCGAUCAAGGUCUCGCGAUCGGUACAAAUCUUCACGAAGGCAAUCUCGAAGUCGCUCUCGGUCUCCGUCUAGACGACGCUAUUGAAAAACAAGGGUCUAUUGUUUCGGAAUUGGUCUUUUUGCUUGAUAUUUUGUCAAAUCAAGCACUGCACUGUAUUGACCGACUUAAGUUAUGAUCUUUGCUAGAUUCCAUGGAAAAUAUCCCGUUUCGUUGAUUUUCCAACGCGCGUUGUAAAUUAUUUGGCUUACGAUCGAUCGUAAGCAUCUAGCAAUAAAUAAAUAAUAAAUGAUAAAAAAGUGCAAGUGAAGGAUAAUUAAACCAAUAAUGAAACAUGUAAGAAGUGUUCUGUUUAAAAUUAACAGAAGUGGCAAAAACAACACAGUCGACAUAAAAGAGAAUGAAUUGGUGUAGUUUUGGUAGUGAUACAUUACAAAAUAUAGAAACAGCUGAUCAAAAAGUGAAAUAGUACAGGUAUAUUCAAUUCAUAGCCUCAAACAACAGCAAAUAAAUAAAAAAAAGAACAAUAUGAACAUGCAUGCUAAAUAACGACGCAUUUCGUCGCACAUCGUAUAUGGAGUUUCACUACCUAUAACAAACCAAUACCAAAAAUAUAAAUUUCUAUUUCUCUCAGCUUAAAA